AUGAAGGUACCACCUCCAAAAUGGAAGACUUUUUUGUGGAGAGCAAUUUGUGAUGUUCUUCCUACAACUAAUAAUUUGAUUAUAAAGAGAGUUGAAGUGGAUCCCACAUGCCAAAUGUGUGGGGUGGCUCAUGAAGAUGUGAUGCAUUCAUUGAUUACUUGUGAUUAUUCUAGACAUGUUUAUAAUAUUUCAGGACUGCCUGUAACAAAUAUUGUUGUCAACUCUUUCCCCGAGUGGCUAACAGUUGUGCUUACAAUGUUAACAGAGGAUCAAAGUGGAGCCGUAGUGGCACUGCUCUACCGUCUAUGGAGGUGCAGAAAUUCCGCCGUGUGGGAUGCCGCCCUCCCUCACCCUACGGCAGCAUGGAGACAAGCCACGGCGGCGCUGCAGUCGUUCCGGCAGAUUGCACGCCGCUGCCCACCUGCGACCCCGGCUGCUACGGAGGAUAGCGGGGAAGACGCCAUGCCACGAUGCUUUGUAGAUGCUGGCUACUGA